GGGAAGGUGAAGGGAGGUUUUGGUUUGUGGAAAAACUGGAAAUAUACGGCGUUAAAAUGACGAUGUCUGUCCCGGAGAGAAAAUCAGGAUCCGAGGGGAAAGAGGAGGAGAGCGAGGAUGAGAGUGAAAUCCUGGAGGAGAGCCCGUGUGGUCGCUGGCAGAAGCGUAAAGAGCAGGUCAGCCAAGGUAAUGUCCCCGGUGUGGAAAGUGCAUCUCUGGCCAUGGACACAGAGGAAGGAGUGGAAGUGGUUUGGAACGAAGUGCUCUUCUCCGACAAGAAGGUCUUCAAAGCACAGGAGGACAAGAUCAAGGAGAUGUUUGAGAACCUGAUGCAGGUCGAACACCCCAACAUUGUCAAGUUCCACAAGUACUGGCUCGACAUGAAGGAGACUCAAGCUCGGGUUAUAUUUAUCACAGAAUACAUGUCGUCGGGAAGCCUCAAGCAGUUCCUCAAGAAGACCAAGAAGAACCACAAGACCAUGAAUGUUAAGGCCUGGAAGAGAUGGUGCACCCAGAUUCUCUCUGCCCUAAGUUAUCUGCACUCUUGUGAACCUCCAAUAAUCCAUGGCAACCUGACGUGUGACACCAUCUUCAUUCAGCACAACGGCCUCAUCAAGAUCGGCUCAGUGUGGCAUCGGCUAUUUGUUAAUGUGUUCCCAGACGCCAGCGGUAAAGGGAGGCAACAUCGCGACGAGCAGAGGAAUCUUCAUUUUUUUGCUCCAGAAUAUGGUGCCGGCGAAGAUGAUUACUCCAUAGAUAUUUUCUCCUUUGGCAUCUGUGCUCUAGAGAUGGCAGUACUAGAGAUCCAGGCCAAUGGAGAUACUGCCGUGUCCAAGGAGGCCAUCAUCAAUGCAGGUCAAUCUCUGGAAGACCCUCUCAUGAGAGAGUUCACCCAGUCUUGUUUGCGUCACGAUGCCAAACUCCGUCCCACCGCUCACGACCUUCUGUUCCACCGAGUCUUGUUCGAGGUCCACUCCCUUAAACUGCUGGCCGCCCAUUGCCUCAUCAACAACCAGUAUCUGCUUCCAGAGAACUGUGUGGAGGAGAAAACCAAGUCCUUCGACCCCAACGCUGUCAUGGCAGAGAUUAAACAUGACGACAGACAAGGAGUUCAGCUAAAAUAUUCCCACGUGUCUCCUUUGGAACUCGACAAGUUUCUAGAGGAUGUGAAAAAUGGGAUUUACCCGUUGAUGAACUUCGCCUCGACUCGGCCUCACCCCGUCCCUCGAGCCCUCUCCUUGUCUCAGGAGCAGGUGGAGACAGUCAAGACGCCGACUCCUGAACCCCAGGAGACGGAGACGAGGAAGGUUGUUCAGAUGCACUGUAAUUUGGAGUCAAAUGACGAAGGGACCAAAACUCAUCUGUCUUUAUUUCUCAAGAUGGAUGAUAAACUUCAUCGGCAGCUUAGCUGUGACAUCCUUCCAAAUGACACCUCCAAAGACCUUGCCAGUGAACUUGUUCACUACGCCUUCAUAACUGAGGAGGACAGUGAGAAGGUUGCCGGGUUCCUGGAGGACGCCAUCAAUCGACACCGGCUCCGAACGCUCGCUUCUGGGAGCACACAAUGAGGAGGGGUCAUGACAGCGGCUGGCCCGAACUGAGGGGCCGGGGGCGUUGACCACACAGAUCGAGAGAAAGGGAGAGGGAGACGGGCGGGAUCACACAGCCGGGAACGGAAGAGAGCAGAAGGAGUGGUGGUGGUGGAGGAAGCUGACCCAGUUGGGGAUUAAAAAAGGGGGACAAAUACAGGAGGACGCUGGGCCUUUGACAGUCAGUUAAUCAUCCCAGAGAGAAAGAGGAAACGCCAGCAGUGAAAAAGGAACUGAAGGCACCUCUGGUUGCAGGAUCAGAGGCAUCAUGGCUGUGUUCAGCAAUCCCACAAAGCAGUGGAAGAUUGACAAACUCCCUGCCUGCGAAGGGCUACCAUGCCUUAAGCUAUCUUUGACAACUUCAGUUUUUUCCAUAUUGCCACUAUUCAGAACGGAUCCGUCUUACAUACAAAUGCAGCAGCUAUGUUUUCAUAAGGACGUUGUAUUGCUCAUAAGCCUCGUUUGCACUCCAGUGUCCAUUUCGAUCGGUGAAUAUAAACAAAGAUGCAGUCAUUUAUUUAAAAAAAGAAAAACCCUCCCUCCUUUAUUAACCAGAACACUCAAUUUAUUCAUUUUAGGGAUUUAAUAUUCCGUCCAACAUGUGCUGUUUAUACUCUUUCAGUUAUUUAUUUCUGUUUAACUGUGAACCAUUGAAGCGUUUUUGCUUUAUUUUUAUGACCUGC